AUGGAACUUUUCUUCGAGGAAUUAGUACGCCAGGUCCUGAUAAUCUCGACAUCUGAGAAUUACUUCUUUGGCCACGUAAUCCGCUCCACACUAACAAGAAAUAUCAGCCUUAAACUGACUUUCCAACACUCGGGGGAGCGCCACCCCACACGGCCACUCACCAAAGUUGCCACCGAUCUUCGCCCCGAGUCCCGGGACACCAGCUCGUCUCCGGGCGCGCGUGACCAGAACCGGGGAUCCGAGAAGCUGGGGCUCACGCCACCGCCCCUCCGGACGCCGUCGCCCUGCCGUCAAUCAACACUCCCCCCCCCGCCCCCCACGCACCCGACCGAGCCCCCGGGACUCCGCGCGGGGGCGCGGCCCGGGCACCGACGGGAGCGCGACUGCUGGCCGCGCCGCCUUCCUCCGCCGCUGCCGCCGCCUCCUCCUCCCGGUGAGUGCAGCGGGGUCUGCCCUGUGAAACCACCAUACCAGUCCCGCCCGCUGCUGCAGCGCCGCCGCCGCCGCCGCUCCUCAGCCGCCUCAGCCGCCGCUCUUUGUUUCCCCCUCCUCAGGCGCCGCUCCUCAGCCGCCCGCCUCGGCCGCCCGGACCCCACGAGCCACCGCUACGCUCUGCCGCCCUCUCGGCCCCCGGCCUCGCCCUCUUCGCCGCGCCCGCCGCCGCCUUCGCCUCCGCGCCGUCGACGCCGCCGCCACCGACGCCGACGCCUCCUCUUCCGCGCCCCCCUCGUUUUCAUUGAAAGCAAACAAGCAUCAUGGCGGCGGCCGCCGUCCCCCUCCCACCCCAGCCAGCGAGCGCCCCGCUCACCGCCGCCUCGCCAACAUCCUGGCUUCCCAUUGGCUGAUACUGCUGGGCGCAACCAUUCCGCGACGGGCGGGGGGGGCUCUUCGCGGGCCGUCGCUCAAGCCCGGUCUCCGUUCCCCCACGCGUCGCGGAGCAAUGAGCCGGCCCAGCGCGCUCCUGCCCGCCCUCCCGUCCUCUCUUCCCGCUCUCUUUGCGCCUAG